AUGUCGAAAGAGAAGGGAAAAUUCAAGUUCACCUAUGAUUGGUUUAAAUACUUCAUUCCUGAUUGGGAAAAUUGCCUAUCUCAUCUUAAAAACAAAAAAAUCAAUGUUCUGGAAAUUGGUGCUUUUGAAGGAAGGUCAACUACUUGGAUUCUAGACGAGUUGUUCAAUAAUCCUGAAUCAAAAUUGAUAUCAAUCGAUCCCUUUGAAGACAAAUUUUUAGAUGUCAAAAAUUAUGAAGCAACAUUUCAUGAAAAUGUUAAAAUGACGGGCAAAGAGAAACAAAGCGAAGUUAUGAAGAGUUUAUCUUCAGAUGCACUUAUUAAAUUAAAUUAUGAGUCAAAGGUUAAAUUUGAUUUUAUUUUUAUUGAUGGAUCACAUACUGCUAAUGAUGUAUUAGUGGAUUCCUUAGCUUCUUAUCGCGAUAUUGGCAUUUCUGCGGUUCAUGGCGCAG